CGGGCGGAGCAGGCGGCGGCGUGGAGCUGCCUCCCGCCGGCGGGCCGGGCCGGGCCGAGCCCCGGGCGCUGCGGCGACGCCGGGAUCCUGCCUCUGCCAGGCCGGCUGCCGGGGCCCCGGAGGAGACUGCUGAGCCCCGGGCCAUGGUCCCUUCUCGCAGGACGUGGAACCUGGGAGCCACGCCCUCGCUGCUCGGCCUGUGGAGAGUGGGCCGGGCCGGGGAGCCCCAGCCGGCAAUGGCUCGCCCCGCCCCAGCCAGCCCGGCUGCCCGCCCUUUCCCACACACCGGCCCGGGGAGGUUGAGAACUGGGCGUGGAAAAGACACCCCGGCUGGCGGUGACGAGGACUCUGGUGCCCGCAGUGCAGGCCGCCCGGCCCUGGCUCAGUGCCGGGCCCUCAGUGUGGACUGGGCUGGCCCCGGGAGCCCCCACAGGCUCUACCUGACCGUGCAGCAGGCCCUGCAGGACAAGGGGUGCAAGAGCAAGAGUCAGGGGACGAAAGAAGAGACGCUCCUGAAGAGGCAGGCGCCGGGCCCCAGGCGGGACCGCGAGGCCCCGGAAGCUGGCGGCACCAUGAAUGUAGAGAAAACAGGUGGGCGGCUCUUUGGCAGCGGGAGCUGCUCCAGCCUGUCGGGGCCGCCAGGUGCAGCCCCCGUGGUGCACAGGAUGGUGGAGGCCAUGUCCCAGCUUCGGGAGGAGAAAGUCCAGCUACAGGAGGAGCUGGCGGCCCUGCGGGAAAGGCUGGCCCUCCACGACAGUGACCAGCAAGCUGCAUCCACCCAGCUGCAGAACCAGGUGGAAAACCUGAAGGAGAAGCUCAUCAGCCAGGCCCAGGAAGUGAGCCGCCUCCGAUCAGAGCUGGGAGGCACCGACUUGGAGAAGCACCGGGACCUGCUGAUGGUGGAGAAUGAGCGACUGAGGCAGGAGAUGCGGCGCUGCGAGGCCGAGCUGCAGGAGCUGCGGGGGAAGCCGGGGGCCGCCUGCACAGGCUGCGAGCACAGCCAGGAGAGCGCCCAGCUCCGAGACAAGCUGUCCCAGCUCCAGCUGGAGGUGGCGGAGAACAAAGGCAUGCUGUCGGAGCUGAACCUGGAGGUGCAGCAGAAGACCGACCGGCUGGCCGAGGUGGAGCUGCGGCUCAAGGACUGCCUGGCCGAGAAGGCGCAGGAGGAGGAGCGGCUAAGCCGGCGCCUGCGCGACAGCCAUGAGACCAUCGCCAGCCUGCGGGCCCAGUCGCCGCCCAUCAAGUAUGUCAUCAAGACGGUGGAGGUGGAGUCGUCCAAGACCAAGCAGGCCCUCAGCGAGUCCCAGGCCCGGAACCAGCACCUGCAGGAGCAGGUGGCCAUGCAGCGGCAGGUGCUGAAGGAGAUGGAGCAGCAGCUGCAGAGCUCGCACCAGCUGACCGCACAGCUCCGGGCGCAGAUCGCCAUGUACGAGGCGGAGCUGGAGCGGGCCCACGGGCAGAUGCUGGAGGAGAUGCAGUCCCUGGAGGAGGACAAGAACCGGGCCAUCGAGGAGGCCUUUGCCAGAGCCCAGGUGGAGAUGAAGGCCGUGCACGAGAACCUGGCAGGCGUCCGGACCAACCUGCUGACACUGCAGCCGGCGCUGCGGACCCUCACCAACGACUACAACGGGCUCAAGCGGCAGGUGCGCGGCUUCCCCCUGCUGCUGCAGGAGGCCCUCAAGAGCGUCAAGGCCGAGAUCGGCCAGGCCAUCGAGGAGGUCAGCAGCAACAACCAGGAGCUGCUGCGCAAGUACCGGCGGGAGCUGCAGCUGCGCAAGAAGUGUCACAACGAGCUCGUGCGGCUGAAAGGGAACAUCCGGGUGAUUGCUCGUGUCCGGCCAGUCACCAAAGAGGACGGGGAAGGCCCUGAGGCGACCAAUGCGGUGACCUUCGAUCCCGACGAUGACUCCGUCAUCCACCUGCUGCACAAAGGAAAGCCUGUAUCCUUCGAGCUGGACAAGGUCUUCUCCCCGAGAGCCUCACAGCAGGACGUGUUCCAGGAGGUGCAGGCCCUGAUCACCUCCUGCAUUGACGGCUUCAAUGUCUGCAUCUUCGCCUACGGCCAGACGGGCGCCGGCAAGACGUACACAAUGGAGGGGACCCCUGAGAACCCGGGCAUCAACCAGCGGGCCCUGCAGCUGCUCUUCUCCGAGGUGCAGGAGAAGGCGUCCGACUGGGCGUACACCAUCACCGUCAGCGCGGCCGAGAUCUACAACGAGGCCCUCAGGGACCUGCUGGGACAGGAGCCCCAGGAGAAGCUGGAGAUCCGGCUGUGCCCAGACGGCAGCGGGCAGCUGUACGUGCCGGGGCUGACGGAGUUCCAGGUGCAGAGUGUGGACGACAUCAACAAGGUGUUUGAGUUCGGCCACACCAACCGCACGACGGAGUUCACCAACCUUAACGAGCACAGCUCCCGCUCACAUGCGCUGCUCAUCGUGACGGUGCGCGGCGUGGACUGCAGCACGGGCCUCCGCACCACGGGGAAGCUGAACCUGGUGGACCUGGCCGGCUCGGAGCGCGUGGGCAAGUCGGGGGCCGAGGGCAGCCGCCUGCGGGAGGCACAGCACAUCAACAAGUCGCUGUCAGCCCUGGGGGACGUCAUUGCUGCCCUGCGCUCCCGCCAGGGCCACGUGCCCUUCCGCAACUCCAAGCUCACCUACCUGCUGCAGGACUCGCUCAGUGGGGACAGCAAGACCCUCAUGGUGGUGCAGGUGUCGCCCGUGGAGAAGAACACCAGCGAGACGCUCUACUCCCUCAAGUUUGCUGAGAGGGUCCGCUCUGUGGAGCUGGGCCCCGGGUCCCGCAGGGCAGAGCUCGGGUCCUGGUCCAGCCAGGAGCAUCUGGAGUGGGAGCCAGCUUGCCAGACGCCACAGCCCGCAGCACGAGCCCAUUCGGCCCCCGGCUCUGGGUCCACUAGCCGCCCAGGCUCCAUCCGGAGGAAGCUGCAGCCCUCAGGGAAGUCAAGGCCGGUGCCUGUGUGAUGGAUGUGUCCACCCUGCUGGCCCCGUGGCUGGACCUGAGCCCCACUGCUGCCUGCCGCAGCGCUGGGGGUGGGAGGCGAGGCUCCUCUUCUCUCCCGCCCCCUCGGAGAUGAGAAACAUGUUCCGAAAGAGAUGGUGGCUCUCGGCUGUGGCUCUGGGUGCACGUGGCGUGGGCUGUACGGGCAGGGAGGGCCGCUCCGCCUGGGGGGCCUGGCCAUCCGAGCCGGCCCACGUGGGGAGGGCAGGAGCAUGUGGGGGGGUGCCAGCCCAGCUCUUCCCAGCCUGCAGGGCCCCCUCCGUAGUGGGCGGGCAGAGGAGCCCCCAGAAGGCACAGGAGCCGUGGAACUGGGGCUGGUGGGCGGCCUCCCCUCCUCCAGGGGCCUGCACUGGCGUGUAUAUAGUGUCCUCGGUGUACAUAGGAGCUCGGCCCUCCUGCGGGCCGGGCCAUAUUUAUGGCCGGCAGGAGGCCAGCGGGCAGGAUUCUGCUACCCCCACCUGCCUGGCACCAGGCUCUCUCCUUGCUCACUGGCCUCUUGAUAGUUUCCUCUCUCUGAAAUCCUAUUUAAGAACUUUUGGAAGCGUAGCCAUUUUUACUUGUUAAAAUAAAAGCCUUUUUACACAA